AUGGGCUCGAUGGGCGGCGACCUGCCCCCGACAGCGCCGGCAGCCGUUCUGACCGGCGCAUACGGCGAGCCUUACACCAUCAAAGACGUCCCGAUCCCCGUGCCGUCUGCCCACGACGCCCUCGUGGAGCUGGAGUACAGUGGCGUGUGCCACGGUGACGUCUACGCCCGGGACGGAGGUGGUCCUGCCCCCAAGGACCCCGUCCGACCGCUGACGGGCGGGCACGAAGGGGUCGGGAGGAUCGUGUCCAUGGGCACAGACGGGCGGGACGGGUUCAAGGUCGGCGACGUCGUGGGCAUCGCGUGGAGGAGCUCGGUCUGCGGGACGUGCCAGGCUUGCCAGGCCGGGUCGGAGAAUCAUUGCUUCAACCAAAAGAUCACAGGGGCGCACCGGGACGGGACCUUUCAACGGUACAUUGCCUUCCCAACCUCGCAGCUGGUGCCCAUCCCGUCGGGCGUCUCAUUACCCAGCGUCUGCCCAAUCUUAUGCGCCGGGGUCACGGCCUACGCGGCGCUGCAACGCAUGUCUCCCAAGGCAGGGAAAUGGUGCGUGGUCGUCGGCGGGGCCGGCGGCCUGGGGCAUCUGGCCAUCCAAUACGCCAAGGCGAUCGGGCUGAAAGUGCUCGCCAUCGACGGCGGGUCGGCGGAGAAGGAGCAGUUUUGCGCCAAGAUGGGCGCCGACGUCUUUGUGGAUUUCACCCGUCCGGGCCUCGUGGAGAUGAUUGUCGACAAGACCGGGGGCGGGGCGGAUUACAUUCUCGUCCUGAGUCCGCACCAGUCGUCGUACGAUGCCGCGGGAGACUACGCUGCCUUCGGCGCGCAGAUCAUGGCCAUUGGGAUUGGAAAUCUGCACAUGUCCCUGCGCCCGCUGCUCAGGAAAGACGUGCUCGUGCGCUCCAACCAGACGGGCACCAAGGCCGACAUGCAGGAGGCGCUGCGCAUCUUCGCGGCUGGCAAGGUCGUCCCGGAGCUGGAGGUCGUGGCCCUACGGCACAUCAACGCCGCGCUGGACCGGAUCAAGCAGGGCACGGUCAUGGGCAAGUUAGUCGCGGAUUUGACGGGCGGUGCUGGCAAGGAGAGGUAG